GACCCAGAAGUCUUCCAGAAGCAGAAGGCAGCGCUACUGCUCUGCAAAAGAGUGGGAUCCCUUCAGCUAUGAAGCAUAUAUUAAACCUCUAUCUCUUAGGUGUGACGCUGACCCUGCUUUCCAUCUUUGUUAGACUGAUGGAGUCACUGGGGGGCUUACUGGAGAACCCAUCGCCUGGGAGCUCCUGGACCACCAGAGGUCAACUAGCCAUCACAGUCCCCAAGAGCCUUCCAGAACAUCCAUCCAGAGGGGGUGUGAUAAGACCUCCCUCCACCAGCUAUAACCUUGGAACACUUGGCCUAAACCUGUCCAGCCUGGUGUCCCAGUUUCCUGGGGAGGCAAGUCCAGCAUCAGUGUUAGCAGAGAACUGUUACUAGGCCCUGGAAGGGCCCUUCCAUCUGGAUGCUUCUUGCCCUGGAAAAAGACUGUUUAAUAGGCAGGUGUGAGUGGGUUGCCUAUGGUUGUGGAAUGGAGUGAUUUCACUCUUCUCCCCAGAGUCUGCUGUGUGCUUUGUUGUCCUUGGCAGCGUGGCUCUGACCUCUUAGAUGAGGGCUUGCGCUGUGACUUCAGCUGUUGGGAGAUGACGGUGUUUUCAGCCCUACUUCCUAAACAUCUGUGAAGAGUUCCUUUGGACUUGGGUGUCUUAUGGUCAGUUUCUUUGGUGUUCAGCUUCUCUUUCGUGUGAGCUCCUCUGUGUGUGGGUAACAGUUAAAGAGGUGUGACUUACAUUUUUAAGUCUUCCAACUUGGUGUGUAUGUAUUGGUCUGAAGGGGACAGUGGGUAAAGCCUGCUCGGGACAUGGGCAUUAUAGCCACCAUGUGGCUUAAGUGAAUUUUUCUAAUGAAAUAAAAUUGAAUACAUAUUUCCA